GGAAUACCCGUUGCGCAGUGACCUACACAGUAAUUCAUUCACAUGUGUGACCAUAAUUUUAUUACAAAACACACGAAACUAUUGGAGUGUGCGCUAGGCCUACCACCACUACUACUAGACUACUAGUUACUGGCGUCCUACUACUAAAUACAUUUAUUUUGCGAAAGUGUGGUGUCUUGACACGGCUUGUAUUUAUAAAAAAAAACACUAAAUCAUGUCAGAUGAUGAAGAUGUUCUGUUUGAUGUUGGAAAUAAAAAUUUUAGUAAUGUUGGUUUGAUUAACAAGAAAGCAAAAAAUGUAACUGAUGUCUUAGUAGCACAAGAGGAGGACAGAAGACUGAAGAAAACAAUAUUUCUCUGUGGGGCAUUUGCAUCUGUAGGUCUUUGUAUUUCAGUUCUUGGUCCAACGAUACGAUUUUUGGAAAUCCAGACUAAUAGUGAUCCCUCCCACCUGUCGUAUGUGUUCCUUGGCAGGGGUUUUGGGUAUGUGCUCGGAUCAAUCCAGACUGGAUGUCUGUUUGAGGUGCUGAACCCCCUGACGUACUUGGGAAUUUCCCUUGCAACUUGUGCUGUCAGUAUGAGUCUGGUUCCGUCUGCACCUGAUGUAGGCAUGCUCAUGUUCUUGUUUGUGUUUAUUGGAAUCACCAUGGGGUCGUUGGACACUGGGGCCAAUGUCUUGUGCUUGCAGUUAUGGGGGAAAAGAUCACCUCCUUUCAUGCAGGCAUUACACUUCAGUUUUGCAGUGGGAGCAUUAGUUGCUCCUUUGCUGGCCAAGCCAUACUUUGACUCAGCAUUGUCUACACCCAACGUUAAUAUAAGGGUCAAAUAUUCUGAUGAAGUCAAUGUAACUUAUACUAAUAUUACAACACCUCCGGUAAGCUCUUCAGUGGUUAUAUCUUCUAUAAGUGCCGAAGUAUCUGAAGCUCCAACAAAUACUACAACACCUCUGGUAACCUCUACAGUGGUUAUACCUUCUGCAAGUGUCAAAGUAUCUGAAAAUCCAACGAGUACUGCAGCACCUCUUACAAGUACCCAAGUAACUGAAGCUUCCAACAUUACAACAUCACUUCCUCACUUUACAGAUUGUGGUAAUGAAACUAAUUGUACUGCAGAGGAUGCCAUACCACCAAGGGGAUCUAAUCAGACAUAUGAUUCUAGGAAAAUUGCUUACACCUAUUACAUUAUUGCUGUAUUCGUUGCCAUCAAUAGCUUUGCAUUCUUUUAUUUUUCUUUAACCUCUCCAAAGAAAAUGAAACCCUCUCUACUUCAGAAAUCAUUGCAUGCAUCUGACAAUAUUGUUUGCAGCCAUUUCAAUAUGCAGAUGCUGUCUAUUAUGUUUCUUUUUUACUUCCUCUAUGUUGGAGCAGAAGUGGCAUUUGGAAGUUUUAUCUUUUCAUAUGCAGUUGAUAGUGACGUGCAGAUGAAUGAAGAAGACGCGUCUAUGUUGAACUCUGUGUUCUGGAUCAGCUUUGCUAUGUCACGUGGCUUUGCAAUCUGUUGUGCAGGAUACAUUCCCCCUUUUUACAUACUUUUAGCUGACAUGGUAGGUUGUCUGAUAGCAUCAUUUUCCCUUGUAUUUUUUGGGAACACCAACCCUCAGGUUCUCUGGUUCGGCACCAUUUUUCUUGGUGCUUCAAUGGCGUCUCUUUUUCCAACUGGUCUUUCAUGGCUGGAGCGGUAUUUGAAAGUUAGCGGUAAAGCUGCAACCUUCUUGGUACUCGGUGCCGCAUCUGGAGAAAUGGUUAUUCCAUUUUUGGUAGGCCAGUAUUUUUCUGAUGAUGAUGAUGACAAUGGCCAGGAGAGCUCAGAAAUUAAUCUUAAUAUGUUGAUGUACAUGAUAUUAGUUGUCUCAGUUAUACUGCCUUGCUUGUUUUUCUUUGCAAACCGAAUUGCAGAGAAUAAGGGUGACCGAUACACAAAGAAAAAUAGGUCAGACAGAGAAACAUUGGUGACUCAUGAAAUUGUGGAAGCUGUUAUUGAAGCAGCUCAUAAUCAAAAGAACUCAACAAAUGGAAAGAAAUUCUUGAGAUCCAAAAAACACAAGGAAUAGUGUUCUUCUCAUUUAUGGUGUGUUUUAAUAAUUGUGUACUGUAAAUUAGUAUAAUGAUUAAAAUUGAAUGGCCACACCUAUAAUUUAGUAGUAAAGCUUUGAAUAAGAGAAGCAAAUAAGUUUUUUUAAAAGUCAAACUGAGAAAAAAAUCUAAAAUUUUUCAGACAUUUACAAAGAAAUCUUUAAUGAAUCCUGAUUGUACAUUUAUAAUUUAUAACAAAUAAUUGCUUUAAUUUGUUGAUUUAUAGUUGCUUUAUAAUAGUACAUAAAAUUAAACUUGUUAUAGUGCUCUAGCAAACCCUAUAUUUGGGCAAUUUCAUGGUAGAAUUAAAUAAUAAUAAUAAUGACAUCUUGUAAGGUGCAUGUAUCCAUUUCAGAGAGCUGCUCGCAGCGCCAUUUCCACUUGCAAACUUGCAAAGAGAAACAACCUUUUCUGCAUUUCAUUUAUUAUAUUUAGGUUAUUUCAUUUUAUAUAAAUUUUCUUUUCAUAUAUUUAUUUUAUUUUUUUUUGUUUAAAAAGUACUUAAAUAUACAUUAAUUACCAACUUAACUACAGACAACAGGCAAAACAAGCGCAAGAUCUUAGAGGGUCAUCCAUCCAUCGCCACUCUAUUGCAUUCCCUAAUCUCUACCUAGGUGGCUCAAACAGAAUGGGAAAAACAUUUGCC